UCGCUUUACGGUUCUGAUUUCAUAUUCGAAACCCUAAUCUAAAACCCCAACGCCCAUCCGUCCGCCACAGCCCCUCGUUCCCCUGAAUUCGAAAUCCUCUGAAACCAAAGAUGGCGAAAAAAAUGGGAAGGAGGGCGAGGAAGUUCGCCAAGAAGAAUCUCCAAUCCGUGAUGAAGCGGAAGCGCAAGCUCAAUGCUUUGUUCCAGAAGAAAUUCGCUCCUCGAAGAGCACAAAGCGACUCUCCUGAAGAAAGCAAAAACUUGAAAAAUGAUAUGCAGACUCCAGUAGAUCCAGAACAGGAGAUUCUGGAUGGAAUUGUUUCCACCAAUCCUUUUGGUGAUUUAUUUAUUAAGGAAGAUGAUGAUUCUGCUGCAGAUGCUUCAGAUAGUGAUGGAUACCUCUCUGAGGAUCCUGAAUGCCCAUAUAUUUCUGAAGAUGAAGAGGAGAGUUGUCCUGAAGAAAUGUGCAAGGAUGUUGUUUUACUAGAACAGAAUACAGAAAUUAAUCAAAGACUUAAAAAUCAGAAGAGGAAACUAUCCAAACUGUGUAAAAAGGACCCACAAUUCUCAAAAUUUCUUGAAAGUAGAAGAUCUGAAUUCCUCAAGUCCAAAAGUGAAGAAAUUUAUUCAGAUGAUGAAGGUGACACAAGUAGCAUGGAUGAUGAAUAUAUAGUAGGAAAUGAAAUCUCACAAGUUAGCAAAGUCAUCACAAGCUCAACUGUGGAUGUAUGGUGUUGGCUGGUUAUGGAGCAACCAAAUUGGCCUGGACUUGCCAACCUGCUCAAUGCCUUCAGAGCAGCUUGUCAUUAUGGUCUGGAUACUGGCGAAGUUUCACCAGUAAAGAUUGCCAAUAGAGAGGUUUUCUGUAAGAUUUUGACAUUUGUUCUUUCUGAGGCCAAGAGAAUCUUUUGUGGGCUCUUGAGGAUUUCAGGUUUUUCGAAUAAAGAGACCAUUUUGAAAAUGAAAAAUAAGCCAGAAUGGAAAACUACGCGAUCACUGAUCAAGUCAUUUCUAAGGAGUUCUCUGUUCCUUUUGAAUCAAGAAACUGACAACCAGAUCCUUGUGUUUGUUUUAUCUCAGAUAAGAUUGUCAAUUCUGCUAUUUUCUGCUUUCCCAUCCCUAACAAAGAAACUGAUCAAGAUAUCCAUUCAUUUAUGGGUUACUGGUGACAAGGAUCUUUCUGCAAGUUCUUUUUUAAUUUUACGGGACAUUGCUUCUGAAUUUUCUUUGGACAAUAUCGAUACAUGCCUGACGAAAGGUUUUGGAGCUUUCAUUGCCAAUAGCAAGUUCAUGAAGCCUCAAAACAUUGAACAUAUUGAAUUUUUGGAAAAUUCUGUCGUGGAACUUUAUUCGUUAGAUAUUCAGAAAUCAUAUCAGAAGGUGCUUAUGUCUGUACAGCAGCUUGCCAGUAUCUUGAGACUGGCUCUUAAAACAAAGGAAAAGGAUGAACUCAAGAAGAUUCAUAGUUGGCAGUACAUCAAUUGCAUCAGCUUGUGGGUCAAGUUUGUUUCUUGCAAUUACAAGAAUCAUGAUCUUGAACAAUUACUUUUCUUGAUUAUUGGAGUCAUAAAGGGGAUUGCUCACUUAUUUCCUGGGCCACGAUAUUUGCCUUUAAGAUUUAAGUGUGUUAAAAUGCUAAAUCAGCUCUCUUUUUCAAGUGGAGUUUUCAUUCCAGUUGAGUCCUUGCUUUUUGACUGCCUAGAAAUCAGGGGGACUAACAAUGCAGAAGGAACGAAGUUAAAACAUUUGGACCUUGCUUUAUUAUUGAAGGUGCCUAAUCAGCUUCUAAAAUCACAAGACUUUCAGCAGGCGAGUGUUCUUUCAGCUAUCAAGUUACUGGCAGAACAUCUUUCUCAAUGGUGCUAUCAUGUAUCUUUUCCUGAUUUAGCGACCAUUCCACUGAUUCUCCUGAAAAGAUUCCAUGAGAAUACUUCUAUCGAAAGUGUGCGCCGUCCAGUUAAGCGGUUCAUAGACCAGGUUCAGCAAAAUAGCGAUUUCAUUCAGAGAAAAAGAGAUGAGGUUUCCUUUUCGCCAAAAGAUAAAGAAUCAGUGGAUAGCUUUUUGCAGCUGGAGAAAUGUGAUAGAAGUGUUGCUUUUACAAAGUUCUACGACAACAUGCUACAAAACGCACUCGCCUGAGAACAUAAUUUGGUGUCUAAUUGUACCCGGUUCAAUUUUUUUUUAAUCCGUUUUUUUUUUACUUAUAUUUCCAAGAGUUUUGUGAUCUAAUUCACAUGUAGCUACGAUUGAAUUCUAGUUUCAUCAACAAAUUGCCUUGUACAAUGAAAUCAAGCUAAA